AUGACUCCUCCAUCUCAGGAUCCGCCACCUCCAGCUCUUCAUCGUCGUCUCCCGGAUCCCGCCGCCAAUGGUCGUCCAGCCUCGCGCCGGCCUUCUUCACUGAACCAGCAUGAUAUAUUUCCCAACCCAGUGAUCCCUUGUGGCUUUGCAGACAAUGCCAGUCGGAGGAGUACCUUUCACUUUCCCCCACCCUCGGCUUCGAGACUUGGUGAUGCCAGUGAUCAGAUGUUCCGUUCAAUGUCCACCACCGGCCAUGAAUCAGCUUCUCGUGAGGCCAGGGAUGGCUCCACAGACUCUGCCCUUGACCGCCUACCCCAUGACAGCGGCCCUAAUGUUUGCCUCUGCCAACCUGACCCCAAAAUUCCGAGACCCCGAAAUUCCUUUAUACUGUUCCGUCAGGCCCAACAAGCCAACAUCAUCGCACAGAACCCUGGUAUUCCCAAUCCGGAAGUUUCUAAGAUAAUCGGGAAACAAUGGCAGCACCUGUCAGUUGAAGCCAAGGAGGAAUGGAACACGCUUGCGGAAUUAGAGAAAGCCCGUCAUCAAGAGCAAUAUCCAGGCUAUCGAUACCAUCCUCGUCGCACUGGAAGGAACAGUAGCCACGCCUCCAUAAGCGGCCCAUCUUCCACAGAGCACCAGGAACCGUGCUUAAAGUGCGGCAAGAAACCCAUUACUCACCCAAUCCACAGCCCAGUUGCACCAACCCAUCCUCCCGCUGAGACCAUAUCUGCAUCCAAAAUGGCCGUGCAGAUACCCGCAAAACGUGGCUACAUCGUCAGCAAUAGCCAUAUCCAGCGACCACAUCAUGCGCCCCCGGCUGCGUCUCCCGAGUAUCACGGCCAGCAACAAUCCUUCGUCGAGGCAUAUCCAUUCUCACGAGUUGACCCUAGAUUGAUAUAUGCUGUACCACCAACUGCUCAACGUACUCCACCUACCGACUCACAAGAAGCCAAGAGAAGACGGUAUGAUAGUAGCGGAAUGUACAUCGCCCCCGGCCAACCCUAUCCAGACCAUUCAUAUGCAUACCCCAAUUCCCCUAGCGCUGCCUACACCCGCGGCGAACCAGGCCGACAGAUGCAUGCGCCUCAUGCCCCAUUGCAUCGUCCUCACCCGGUCCAGCUCACGAAGCCGCCUCUCAUCUCGCCUCCUCGGGGCCUGUAUCCUCAUCCGCCCCAGUUGCAGCCGGUGCGACCUCCACCUGCUCAGCAGCAAAGAACGGCCUCCAGCGUGGCACUACCACCCAUCGAAACCAUGGUCUCUGCUUUCCCUCAUAAGACAGGCUCGGCAUCCACUACUUCCCAGAGCUCUGGGGUCGAGGCAAUGAUCAUGUCCAUUCCUGUUCUCAAUAGAAUCCGCGUUCUGUCCCAGAUCUCCUCCCCCCUCCCGUCUCCCGGAUUGACCUCGCCAAGGCCUGAUGUUCGAGGUGCCAUCAUCGCCAUCGAAGGCAUGGACGCUGCGAGUGUCAGGAGCAUGUCUUGUUCACUGGCUGAUCAACUGGAGAAAGAGGGGAAUUUUGCCGUCAAGAUAUUUGAAGGCCCCAACCCUUAUCAAUCCAUGAGGGAAGCCCGCAACAUCACCGUGAGGCACCACAAGACAUUGACUGCGGAAUCAUAUCUGCAAAUGCUGAGUGAGUGGCAUAGGCUCAAUAAAGAAAUGGUCGAAUAUAUCACGACUCGACCUGGCCAAUCCGUUACUCGAGACGCGCCAAUCACCCUCGACAACAGCCAAAUGGUGUCUACAAAAACCACCAGAGCAAUGGACACCCCCAGGGCGGCCUCACCCAUUCGAAAGUGGAGUGUCGUCGACGAAAAAGUGGAUGACACCAGGGAAAGCCUUUAUUCCGCCGUUAGCCCAAAGACAUUGGUCGGAGCUCCUGAUCAGUCGACCACCCCGCCACCGCCACCCAAAACUAGGAGUCAGAGUCAAGCCGAAGGGACUCUUCCUGUGACGGGCGGCAGAGAUUCUGAAUCACGUCCCCCUUCGUUAGCUCUUCCCCGGCCUCUUUACUCAAGUCGCAUCCCGCCUCCUCCUGCUCCGCCGCCGCCGACACCUCCCAUCCCUCCACCGCCACCGAGCAGCAAACUUGUAUCGCGUCAUUCACUGGCUGCAGGUGCUGAGCCCUCCAGAUCAACUAUAGAUCUGACCACUCAAGCUACACACCCAAAUACGGAAGCCGAGGAAGCCGAUACUCAAAUUAUCGAUGAGGGUGACGCAGAAUUACAGGCCUCUCAAGCCAGUCUCAGAUAUCAUAGACCGUCCAGCAUCAACUCUCCCACGGCAAUUCCGAUUGCCAUUGUUCCACACUUUCAGCUCACCACGGUUGAUGCCAGUUCCAUUUCGAUGCCUAUCAGUGAUGGUUUCUCACCUCCUGCUCACUGGCAAUGGUUUGCUACACUCUGGCGUGGAAGUGUCGGCCCAGACGUGACAGUUGUCAUCAAGUCCACUGAUGAGGAAUCCGUUGAAGCCGGUACUGCGGGAGCCAGUGCAACGGUGCCCAGCCUCUCCAAUACUGACCCUAAUGGUGGCAAUACCGGAGGGGUUAUCGGCAACACCUCGUCAGCGAAUCCCAGACCUCCAACACAAACUACAGGUCUUCCCACAUCACUUUCUUCGGCCGCCAAACCUUCGACUGCGACUUCAAUCACUUCUUCACAACCAAAAGCGAUGGCUGCCUCGAUAUCUGGAUCAAGCACUACCAUGUCGGCCUCGGCGUCUAGUUCAGGCGUCGAAGUCCGUCUACAUGACUGCCGCGCCGUGAUUGUCAAGACAGGGAUAUUUGGCGUUGGCCUCAACUCUGGAGCUAAGCCUGCGGGGCCUAAUGCUAGAUCCGUUGGUGCAAAGGAGCUAGAGAACUGGGAGAAAAGUAAGAGACGAGUUGGCUUUGAAGUCGAAGAGUUCCUGAGAAAGUAG